CUAUAGAGAAAUUAGAGAUGCGAUUCGUUUUUUUGAAGAACGUUUUUCGUGGGAAUACCUAAACAGCGUCAAACGCAGACGUCUUUAUUGGGACACUCUAGACCUGGUAAUGCCGCCUCCAAUGUAUCGCCAAAUGUUUCCUGGCUGCGAAAAGUCGAACGUGUUCAAGCGUCUGAGUCUAUACCCAGUUCGGCCAGGGAUAAAGGAUUUUUUUGUGCGCUUUCAUACCGAAGUUUUACCGGUCAACACCUGGGAGGAACAAAAAGGUUUUUUUCUGCCUUGGGGAGUCAAUUGUGUCAUUUGCCCUGUUCCCGAAACACUGCAACAUACAUUCAUGUAUUGUACUAAUGCAGAACUAUUUUGGGCUCAGCUCCGCGCGGAGCUUCGGAUCGAUCUAUACCCAACCUGGUGCAGCAUGAAGUUUCUAGACACACCGGAAAAGCAACAAAGCAAAUGUUACGAGCUCCUGACCCUGAUCGGUUUGCAUGCGUUAUGGAACUCGCGUACUGAUCACACCUUGGUACGAGAACGAGGGAAGUGUGCGUGGCGCCACUUCUUAGAGGGAUUUCACUACACGUCAUCCAUCAUAAAAGAAACUUCGUUCAAGGAGACGGAACACUGGGAGAGGUUCAGGACCCUUUCAAAGCUAUAA